AUGGAUAUUGAAAUCCCACCCCUGGAGGAGAUUGAUGUGGACCAGUAUUUCAGUAAGGAAGAACUGGCCACCAUUGGAGAUUAUGAGAAGCUCCGCUACAAGAACAUGGUCAGGAAUUACCUCACAAUGUUGUAUUUUGGACUGCCCGUCGCCAAGCCAGAGUUCAUGAGCGGUCCGAGGAGAAGGAUGAAAGUCAUGAUGCCGGUGGACAGCGACAGUGAUGAAGAAGACUGGACACCGUCUUUGGCCAGGAAAAAGGAGAAAGAAAAAUUGCCACCUGCUCCAUUCAAGUUCGUACCACCAAAGAAGCCAAUAUUUGUGAAGAAGAAAGUCAAAGAAGUGGACAAAACCAAACCAGUUGCAGGAGAAAAGAAAUCAAGGAAGCCGCAAAAAGGGAAGAAAUCCGCCAAGGAGUGUCCUGCUACUGUCUCCCGUCCUCCUGAUGAGCUGGCUGUGAAGAACAUGAUCAUGAGAGCAGCAGCUCCAGCUUCACAACAACCAGUCAGAAAGAAACGUAAGGUUGCAGCAGCCGAUGGAGCAGCUCGCUAUCCCAGGAGAAGUCUGGAGAGGAAGAACUAUAGAGAACUGGAGGUCCCAGAUGAGGACAUUUUCUUAUUUUGUGAAGAUUGUCAGAAGGAGUACCCUGGAGACUGCCCUGUUCAUGGCCCUCUCACAAUCAUCAAGGAUAAGGAAGUUCCUCCAAGCAGAAGAUCAGACCCUGACCAUGCUAGGAAAACUACCCCUGAUGGUCUGGUGAUCGAGCCAUCUAAAAUCCCAGGUGCAGGACUGGGUGUGAUAAGUAACAUAGCCAUCCCUGAAGGUGUUCGCUUCGGGCCAUACGUUGGAGAGAUUGUCCACAACGUCAACUUGGCUUCUGAUUCAGGAUAUGCUUGGCAGAUCUUCAAAGAUAAUAAACCUCACCAUUACGUGGAUGCGAGAGACCCAGCCAAGUCCAACUGGUUGAGAUAUUUCAACUGCGCUCGCAACGAAGGGGAACAAAAUCUUCUGGCGUUCCAAUAUAAAGGGGAGAUCUAUUACAAGACCAUACAGAUCAUCUACCCAGGACAGGAGCUAUUGGUUUUUUAUGGAGAGGGCUAUGCUAAAGAACUUGGUAUAGAAGCUGCAAAGGAAGUCGUUCAGAAAAAGAUACAUGAAAAGUCCUUCACUAUAUCUGAUACAGGGGCACCAGAAUACAGAUGUCCAUUCUGCAUAAUAAGCUUAGCCUACAAGCAACCAAACGUGUUGAUGACCCACGUGGCUAAGAAGCACCUUGACACAGACCCUGAGGAAGUCCGCACUCUCAUGAAACAGUUGUACGGCACGAAUGCGAAAUAUCAACAAUGUAGAGUGGCUGAAUUUCAAGAGGCAGUCAGUGUUGGAGAGAGGGAUUUGAAGGUGAAACGAAUGGAUGGUGAAGAUGUGGACAGACACAUUGAGAGAAUCGGUGGCAGUUUCAGAAGUAAGUUUUGUGGGGAGGAGUUCCCUUCUAAUGUUGCUAGUAAGACGCAUAUUGGGAUUCACACAGGGGAGAAACCAUUCAAAUGUGAGCACUGUGGUAAAGGAUUUACUCAGAGUGGUGACCUGCAAAGACACAUUAGAUUACACACAGGUGAGAAACCAUUCAAAUGUGAGCACUGUGGGAAGGGAUUUAAUGAGAGGAGUAGCCUGCAAACACACAUUAGAUUACACACGGGUGAGAAACCAUUCAAAUGUGAGCACUGUGGGAAGGGAUUUAAUGAGAGGAGUAGCCUGCAAACACACAUUAGAUUACACACGGGUGAGAAACCAUUCAAAUGUGAGCACUGUGGGAAGGGAUUUAAUGUGAGGAGUAACCUGCAAACACACAUUAGAUUACACACUGGUGAGAAACCAUUCAAAUGUGAGCACUGUGGGAAGGGAUUUAAUGAGAGGAGUAGCCUGCAAACACACAUUAGAUUACACACUGGUGAGAAACCAUUCAAAUGUGAGCACUGUGGGAAGGGAUUUAAUGUGAGGAGUAACCUGCAAAGACACAUUAGAUUACACACGGGUGAGAAACCAUUCAAAUGUGAGCACUGUGGGAAGGGAUUUAAUGAGAGGAGUCACCUGCAAACACACAUUAGAUUACACACGGGUGAGAAACCAUUUGUAUGUGAACGUUGUGGGAAGGGAUUUAAUCAGAGGAGUAACCUGCAAAAACACAUCAGAAUUCACACGGGUGAGAAACCAUUCAAAUGUGAGCACUGUGGGAAGGGAUUUAAUGAGAGGAGUAACCUGCAAAAACACAUCAGAAUUCACACGGGUGAGAAACCAUUCAAAUGUGAACGUUGUGAUAAACGAUUUACUGAGAACAAGUCCCUGAAAAACCAUUGGACGAAAUGUCACACCGUGGAACAUCAAACUGUCAAUGAGCAGUGA